UAGAAACCCUAGAAAAGAAAAGAAAAAAAAUAACCACACCGCAGAAACCGCCCGCCGCAUAUUAUUCAUCUUCUUUCUUUAUUUCCAGAUUACUUAUCCGUACACGUGUAUCGCAAUGAAGAGAGGAAGAAGAGUUAAAAAGGUCGUCAGAGAUUAUAGAAGAAUCUGGGUUUUCUGGAAUUAUGAGAAUGCUCAGCUACCUAGGGGAUUCAAUCGAACGUAUGUUGUUCGGAUGUUCCGUAAUUUUAUGAGGAGUAGAGGUUAUUUUGGACAAAUAAGCAUACUAAUGGUUGUUUCAGAGGUUAUUCCUUCUAAGAUCUCUUAUCAAACGUAUGAAGCCCUAUACGCACAAUCUUUGAUCGAUAACCACUUAAUUGUUGAGAAUCUGGAUGACCCUAAAGAGCAAGCUUCCGAUGAAUUUCUUUACGACGAGAUGAGACAUUUGGAAAUGGAUAAUGACGCUAGUUCGAAUGUUCUAGAAUUUACUAAGAAGUAGAGGUUAUUUCAGAGAAAUAACCAUAAUAAUGGUUGUGUCUGAGGUGAUUCUUACUAAGAUCUCGUAUGAAACGUAUGAAGCCCUCUAUGAAGAAUCUUUGAUAGAUAACCAUCUAAUAGUUAAGGAUCUGGAUGAACGUAAGUCUCUCUUUCUUCUUUAUG